AAUUGAAGAGUCUCUGUAAAGUGUAAACUCCCUCCAUUGCUUCAUUGUCAUUCCUUUGUCUUCUUCUUCUUCUUCUUCUUCUUUUUUUCUCUCUUAAUUGCUUAAUUAAUUUUGGCGUCCACUAAAACUGCAUUUAAGACCCUCACGACUCUCGUAUUUUUGUUCUUGGGGCCUGGUCUUUUUCGAAUUUCGUCCCCUUAUGGGGCUCCGAGAAUAAUUAAGAACACAGAGGUGAGUUUCAUCAAAAUCUUUCAUCGAACUCACGAGAUCUCCGUGGCCAUGGCUAAAGGAAGCCGCCAGGCGAGAAAGAGAGGCUAGGACCAUUUGGGGAUUUCUUACCGAUCAAAUGGACGGCGUCGAUGGCGGAGGAAGGCGGCGACCCAGUUUAAAACAAAGGCUAGGAUUUAAAGUCAUGGGCUGUUGUGGUGCCACUUGGGGUUUCCGGCCGCCGUCUGUUAGCGUCAGAGACGGCGGCGGAGAAGACGAUGACCGGAGAGUACCGGAUUUGGAAGUGAUGAACACGCGCCGGGAGGAAAGGGAGUUGGAUCGGAGUUGCUUGAGUCCGUUGUCGGUACAGUCGCCGGGGCCGUCCGGGAUGAAUUUGGCUACAGCUCUAGCGGCGGAGCGUCGUUUAAGAGCAUCGCCACGUGGAGCGGAAGGGGGCAUUGUGGAAUUUAAUAACAACGAUUUUGACUCAGCGGUUGGAAUGAUGGAAACUGGAACGCCGUUGAGGGUGUCGUUGUUGCGGUUGCUGGAAGAAACAGAAGGCGGUUGCGACGGUGGUGGGAAUUUGGGAGUGGCGGAAAAAAAGAGAGAAGAAACGGGAAAUGAUUCGAUGUGUUGCGUGUGCAUGGGGAGGAAAAAGGGCGCGGCAUUUAUCCCAUGUGGGCACACCUUUUGUAGGGUUUGUUCGAGAGAGCUGUGGCUAAAUCGAGGAUCUUGCCCGCUCUGCAACCGUCCGAUUAUAGAGAUACUCGAUAUAUUUUGAAGGAGCAUGCUAAGUAACGAUGGGGAAUGAGAACAGAGGAUUGUUGGUGACCGGAAGGGGUUAGUGGUUUUUGCCUCAAGAUUCGCGACAGACUGUUUUCAUUGGACGGCACUGAACGACGGCCGUAUCUGAGUGACAUGUGGAUGCGGGUGAGAAAACCUUUUCACCUCCGAUAAUAAAGUUUAAUUAAUAAGUUAAUAUGUUCGAUGUUAUUCAUAUAAUUUUAAACUUUUAUACAAUGGGAUCGAGAAACUCUUCUCUUCUCUUUCUUUUUUUUUUUUAAUCCUAAGUUUUGUACAUUUUGAUUUUCUUUUUUUUCUUUGGCUUGUAAUCUUGUUUUUUUUUCCUUCCACUAAAGUUUACAUUUUAAAUUUCUU